AUGGAGCAGGUAGAUGGUAAAGGUCGCCUACAGGCCGCGCUGCAGCCAGAAACUGGACUUUUGGACAGUCCAUUACUGCGGUUUGAAAGCGAUGGAACAUUUCGAAUCACAGUAUUUUCGGACCUCCAUUAUGGAGAAGCCCCAAAUGGCGUCGGCCCACUCAAAGACGCACGAACAGCCGAUGUCGUACGCAAAGUCCUUCAAGCUGACCAGGCCCAACUGGUGGUGCUGAACGGAGACCUCAUCACCGGAGAUGGCACGAAUCCCGAAAACUCAACAAAUUACUUAGACCAUGUGGUUGCUCCAAUCGUGGAUGCAAAUAUACCUUGGGCGUCGACGUACGGGAACCACGAUAACCAGCCCAGUCUUCUGACAGACAACAUGUUUGACCGAGAGAAGACGUACCCGAACAGUCUGACCAAAAAGAUGGUGCAAGGCAAUUCAUUCGAAACCGGUGUCACUAAUUAUUUUCUACCUGUGCAUCCAUCCGAUGAAUCUCGAGAUGUCCCUGAACUUAUUUUGUGGUUCUUUGAUAGUAGAGGGGGGUAUAGGUAUGGGCAUGGGCCAGUUGAGAAGCGACCAGAUUGGGUCCACGAGAAGGUGGUCAAAUGGUUUGAAGAAACUAAUGUUCACCUCCGAGAGGAAUACGGCAAGGCUAUCCCAUCGCUGGCAUUCUUUCAUAUCCCUGUGAACUCGACACGAAAGUUCCAGAAUAGCCAUGGUGUUGAUCCUAGCAAAGAGCCCGGAAUCAACGGCGAGCCUGUCAUUUCGCAGGGAUAUCAGUACGAUGAGUAUUCUCAGGAAUGGGAUCUACCAUUCAUGCGGGCAUUAUCGAACACCGAAGGUCUUCUCGCAACUUUCAGCGGCCAUGACCACGAUAAUGACUGGUGCUUCAAAUGGACCGACACCAUCUCAGACACCACCCUUCCUGGCAAUGGCCUCAACCUAUGCUAUGGACGCCAUACUGGAUACGGUAGCUACGGCAAUCUGGCACGAGGAGGGCGACAUAUAUACCUGAAGAAGGAUUCUUUACAAGAUGAGGUUAUAACCUGGAUUCGACUGGAGAACGGACUAGUCACGGAGAAUGUAACUCUCAAUGCGACAUAUGGGCAAGACGAGUAUCAUCCACGUAAUCUGCUACAAGCAAGAGAUACAGUCUUCGAGAAUAUGGGCAGUGGGACCGUUCCCGGUAUAGGGUUCUUUGCACUAUUUGUUCUUCUGACAGCUUAUUUUAUCUGA